AUGGAGAGCCAGUCGAAGUCACCAGGCCUCGGCCCGCACAAUGAUUCUUCUUCCAGAAUACAUAAAACGGAGUCAGCCGCCGACCGUUUGGCUGCGCUUAAAGCUCGAGUUGCGGCUGCGACCGCGACUAGCAAGGCGAAAGGUGGUUUAAACGUUGGUCUCCAUCCGGCUCUUGAAGACCUGGCAUCAUGGAAGCCUCAAAACAAGGGACAGAACUCAACAAACACGGCAAGGAACAUGCCUUACGGCUCUAAGGGACCGACUGCGUCUACACUCAAAAGCAAAGCGGAGUUCAGUGACGGUCAGCGGAAUCCGUACAUUGACGAAUCUGCGGUCGCUCAGCCCUCCAGCUCUCGAAAUCGUGAACCUAGGCGCCUAGUAUUCAACCAAAAGGGCAAAUACAUUCAACAGGCCAACGCCCUCAGGCGACAAGAGGCGCUUGAGGCGAUGAAGAAGCGCAUCGCGGAGCAGACAAGAAAGACCGGCAUGGAUGAGGAUCUGGAUACCGAGAAGAAGUUCCUCGUUGAAGAGCCGCCUCUUGUAGAGUGGUGGGAUGAAGGGCUCAUAGACGGGGACUCCUACGAUGCAAUCGAGCACGCCGACAAAUUAAAACUCGUUUCACCGGACAGUAUCGUCACGGAAUAUAUCCAGCACCCGAUUGCGCUCGAGCCGCCGCAAGAUCGCUUGGCACCCGCACCGAAGCCCAUGUAUCUCACAUCCAAGGAGCAAGCCAAAAUAAGACGGCAACGGCGAAUGGCGGAAGGGAAGGAGAUGCAGGCGAAGAUCAGGCUAGGUCUAGUGCCGGCACCCCCCCCUAAAGUGAAAAAGGGUAACCUCAUGCGCGUUCUUGGGGAUGUGGCCGUGAAAGAUCCUACCGCAGUAGAAGCUCGCGUAAAUCGAGAAAUCGCUGAGCGCCAUCAGAAGCAUGUCGACACCAACGAAGAACGACAAUUAACAAAAGACCAAAAACACGAGAAGUUGGCCGCGAAUCAGCAGAAGGAUGCCGAAAGGGGCAUUUAUGUGCUAGUCUUGAAGAUAAAUAGCCUGGCAAACGGGCAGCACCGCUACAAGAUCGGUGUCAACGCAGAGCAGCUUUCUCUGACUGGAAUCUGCAUUAUGCACCCGAAAUUCAACCUGUUGGUCGUCGAGGGCGGCUCUUGGGCGAUCAACAAGUACAAGAAACUCAUGCUCAAUCGGAUUGAUUGGACUGACAAUGCGCCAUCUCGAGACAGGGAUGGGAAAAAUGCCACGCGAGAGUGGCUCCUGGCAGAAGAUGCAAAGGGUGAACUGAAAGAUAUGUCGCUCAAUCGAUGUACGCUGGUAUUUGAAGGUGAACAGAAAGCCCGCGGUUUCCGCAAAUGGGGUAGUAAGGUAUGCGAAACAGAUGCAGAGGCCCGUGAUGCUUUGUCUCGAGCUAAACUGGAGAGUUUCUGGACAUUGGCGAAAGGGAUGGCGUAA